AGCAGCGGCGGCGGCAGCAGCGAGUGGCUCAGGUUGAUUUAGAAUACGGAUGACAGUGGCCUGGCGCGAGCCCACGGCUGACGAAAGCUGCUUAUCCCGCUCGGUUUCCAUGGCGACGGGGGCGAGCAGCGGCGGCGGCGGCGGCGGCGGCGGGGCUGUCAGCGAGCGCGGCGGCGGCGGUCGCGCGUCCGCGGGGGUCUGCAGGAGGAAGGAGGAGGCCGGGGCCCGGACCCUCGCGGCAGACAUGGACUUGCAUUGUGAUUGUGCUGCCGAAACUCCGGCCGCCGAGCAGCCGUCGGGGAGGAUUAAUAAAGCUGCUUUCAAAUUAUUCAAGAAGAGGAAAUCGGGUGGCACCAUGCCCAGCAUAUUUGGGGUCAAAAACAAAGGGGAUGGGAAAGGCUCGGGCUCGACGGGAAUGGUGAGGAGCAGGACCCACGACGGGCUGGCCGAGGUGGUGGUGCUGGAGAGCAGCAGGAAGGAGGAGCCGCGCGGCGGGGGCGACGGGGGCGGCGGCGGGGGCGGCGGCGGCGGGGCUCGGCCGAACCCGGGUCCCCCCAGGGCUGCCGUGCCCGGCGUGGGCUCCCUGGCCAACAGCUCGGUGGCGAAGUCACACAGCUUCUUCUCCCUUUUGAAGAAGAACGGGCGAUCCGAAAAUGGCAAAGGGGAGCAGGCAGAUGCAAGCAAGGCUGGCGGCAAACAAAAGAGGGGGCUGAAAGGGCUCUUCAGCAGUAUGCGCUGGCACAAGAAGGACAAGCGGGCGAAGGAGGAGGACAAGGGGGAGCGCGCGGGGGCGCCGGGCGGCCGCGUCCUGGUCCUGCCGGGGUCGCUCACCGCCAGCCUGGAGUGCGUCAAGGAGGAAACGCCCCGACCAGCCAGCGAGCCGGAGGAGCCCCGCCAGGACGCCCCGCGGGGCCCAGCAGGUGAGCCCGGAGGGGGAGAGCCGGCGCCGGCCGAAGUGCGGACCCGCCGAGAGGCCGAGAGCCCCGGGGUCCCUCACGCCGAAAGCGCCCGGGGAGAGGACGCCGCGGGGCAUCGGCGCGCCGACACGCCCGGGGCACCCCCCGAGCUGGGCGCUGCGGAGGCCCAGACGGCAGAGGAUGCUUCCAGGACAGGUGACGUUCCGAUAAAGACCGUCCCCCCUGUCGACUCCGAGUGCGGCAGCGGCCGAGCGUCUGCCGUCCCCGACCCCUCCUCUGUCGACCCACCCUCAGACCCAUCGGCCGAUCGUAUUUGUUUGAUGUUUUCUGACGUGACUUCACUGAAAAGCUUUGACUCUCUUACAGGCUGUGGAGAUAUUAUUGCAGACCAAGAGGACGAGGCAGGUCCCAGCUGUGACAAGCAUGCCCCCGGGCCAGGCAAGCCAGUUCUCUCUAAAAAGAACCCCAGCGUGGUGGCCUACCAAGGAGGAGGGGAGGAGAUGGCCAGCCCGGAUGAGGUGGACGACACCUAUCUCCAGGAAUUCUGGGACAUGCUGUCCCAGACUGAGGACCAAGGACAAGGGCCCCAAGAGGGAGCGGCUAAGGCAGCAGCAGCAGCACUGGAGACCAAGGUGGUACCUGAGGCCUCCAAAGAUGCCAGGUGUGCAGAAGGGGCCAAGGACGUGUCCUUGGUCAAGCGCAGGAGGCUCAACCGGAUUCACAUUGAGCUCCAGCCGAAGGAGGAGCCUCAGCACCCGGAGAAAGAGCAGCAGGAAGGAGUCCCCAACAGUGACGAGGGCUACUGGGAUUCCACCACCCCUGGCCCAGAGGAAGACGGCACCAACAGUAGGAAAAAGGCGGGCAUCCCCCGGGACAGCUACAGUGGCGACGCCCUCUACGAUCUCUACGCUGAUCCCGACGCGAGCCCGGCAGCCCUUCCCGCCAACGAGGAGACGUCCUGCGUGUCCCGGUUAAAGCCUGUGUCGCCAGGCACCAUCACCUGUCCCCUGCGAACACCAGGCAGUUUGCUGAAGGACUCGAAGAUCCCUAUCAGCAUCAAGCACCUCGCGAACCUUCCAUCCAGCCAUCCCGUAGUGCACCAGCAACCAGCCAGGAGUGAGAUGCCCAGAACAAAAAUCCCCGUUUCCAAAGUGCUGGUCCGCAGGGUCAGCAACCGGGGCUUAGCUGGGACCACCAUCCGCGCAGCGGCGUGCCACGACAGUGCCAAAAAGUUGUGAGGUCUCCGAGGCCAAGGUGGAUGGACCACAUGUCAAGGAAUACAACUUUCCCUGGAAAUCACUAAAAUAAGUUUUGUUUCCCCUAAAGAAAGGCUUUUAGGACGUCCCUGCUGCAGAGCCUGGACUGAGGAGGUCUUUGUGCCGCCAGUAAGGGCAGGAUCCACCCGAGAGGGGGAGCUACACACGGGAUUCUCCUCUCAAGAUAAGUCCCUGAGAAUUCUUUUCAAGCACUUUUUCUUUUCUACCUUUUUAAAAAUCUUUUUUCUUUCUUUUUUUCUUUGAUGCACUGAACACUCAGAGGCCACCUUUACUUGCCUUUGCAGAAAACAGGACAUAACCAAACCUAGGUAAGCACCAUGCCGUGAUAUUUGGCUGCCGUGGUCCACAGAGCCUGGAGGAACCACUGGGAGGACCAGAGGGGCCCUCCUCUUCCCUGACGCUUUCCUUCCUACCUUAUUUUCCUUUUCCUUUCCAGGAAAAAAACGACCCUUUGUUGUAUCACUGUGUGGGAAACACCUACAAAGGUGAAAGAGCCAGGUAUUUACCUGAGGAGCAGGAGGGGGAUCAUUGAUGGGCAGAAAACUUGCCUUCUUUCAGUUGCUAGGUAUGCAAACAGGUAAAUACCGACCACUAGGACAACAAGGGAGAGUCUGGGUUGGUUGGUUUAGAUCGUUCCUUUGGCGAGAAAUAAAAAGCUCAGCAGAGCACGUUUUUCCCUUUUUUUUUUCCACCCAGUGCAGAAAUCAGGAUCAGGGAAAGAUUUCACUAAAUGCCAAUAGCCACAGUAUUUUAGCAUUUAUAAACUCUGUAACCUUUUCAUGUGUAGAUAAUGCAUAUUUUACAGUUUAUUCAGCUGUUAACAUUUUAUAAUCUGUCAGUAACCUCAAGUCUAAAAUCUGGUUUUAUAGCUAGAUAUGAUAACUGUCCCCAAACCAUUGAUGUUCUUUUAUGUGCUGUGACCAGAAGCAGUUCUGUUUUGUUUUAUAUGGGUUCUCUGGCUCUCAAUGCAGAAAAAAAGAUCUAUUGUGUUGAUGUGUCAGAGGAAUGGUUCUGCCUUGUCUUGGGUAAGGGUCUAUUCGUUUCUCACCCCCAACCCUGGUGUUCAGAAAUUUGACCUUGGUUAUAAAAAUUUUGGAUUCAACCAUUCCUCAAUAUGGGGAGUCCAAAAUGAGGAACAGGUAAAGAAAAACAAUAGAAAACUAUAGUUUUUCAUGUUAUCGGACUUCUGCUUUAUAGACUUGUAUCUGAGACAGAUAUGUUCAGAAUAUGACACUGGCAAGCUUACGUAUCCUAAACACUUUAUGCCAAGAUUUUUUUGAAAAGUGGUUGACUUCGACACAUAUUUUCUGUUAUUUUAGAUAAAACACUUAUUUCAGAAAGGGUUACCGUAUGCCUACUUGGAGUGAUACACUGAAUCAGUGCCUAGAAUGCUAUUAGUGCCCCAUGAUUAUAUCACAUCCUCUUUGAAAUGCACUUCAGUGUAUUUAAUCAGAAGACCCUGGCCUCUGCUGGGAGGUGCAUCACGGUCUCGGGAAGGUUAGACACAUUCAAGGGGAAUUACACGCAUGUAAAUGCCACAAGCCCUUCUAUGUAACUCUAGUUUUCCAGAGAGAUUGCCCUAAUAAUGAAGUGAUACUACUUUUGCUUUUAAAGUUUCUUCUCUGUUUUAUAAAGGAAAGAAUAAAGCAAGUUGAGUAUAUGAAAACCUAUUUUAAUAAUAUGGAGGAAGUAACAAAAUGAGCAGACGUCAAAGGAAAACAGAUUUGAGCCAGUAGCACAAAGCAGGUUGUUCCUCAUUUUAAAUUUAUAAUGAUUUGAUUAGAAGAGGUGGUAGAGAUUUGCUGAGUUUCUUUAUUAGUCAGAUUACUGGCUUUUAUUGCUUUGUGUCAGAUCCUUAAUGUUAUUACAAAGUAAUGUUUUAAUGUUAAAUUUUCUUCUGUCGGUAGAUGAAGUCCUGUACUCAGACAGAAGCACUCUGAAUACACCACCAGGAACUCAUACAGCAACUCACAGUUACACGUGCCCAUGCACUCAGCUGUGCACAAACCAACAGACAAAGGCAGCUACUGUAAACCCAGAAAUAUUUUAGAAAUUAUUUCUGUCUUUAGAAAAGCAAUUUAAAUUUGAUUUAACACUGAUAGUACUAUUUAGACUCAAAAUACAUUCAUUUUUCCCUAGUGAAUGGAAAGAACAUAAAUUUUAUUCCUAGCUAUAAAACAAAGGAUCUUUAUUUUCUUCUUGCACACUUUCCUGCAAGGGUUAUUUUCUUCUCUGCAUGGAUUCUUGACAAAGUUAUAUUAGUUCAUUUGUUCAAUUGUACAGGAAAGUUAAGAGUAUCUGAAGUACUAAUGAGAAUAUUGUAAUAGUACAAGCGGUCUAUUUAUUUGUUUUGUAAGCACUGGAACAAACUAUGUUUGCUUUCACAGCUUGGGGACUUAUUUCUGCAUUUACACCACUAUGCUGUGUCUUCUUUUCUAAGUAAAGGAAAAUGUCAGCCAAGUUUAUUUUACUUUCUCCUUCCUGUCAACCGGUUAGACAAGAUUUAAAAUGUUUUCUUUUAUAAUUCUUUUCUUCAUAUAUUUCCCACGUUUUUUAUUCUAUAUCUUUAAGAAUUCCACCCACACCAGUCAAAUGAAGAAUUCAGGCAAGGAAUUAAAUGGCCUCAAUCACUUGAUGGGAAAUCCGGGCCAAUGCAAGAAGAGUGUGUCUUAAUCUUUUCCAACCACAGACAAGGGAUAAAGUUGCUUUUUUGUGCCAAGGGCUACUUUCAUUUAUGUUUGUGAAGACUCUCUUUUAGAAUUUUAAUAGAUUUACAUUCCAAUUAUUAAUGCAUUAUCUAAUUUGGCCCUAUUUGCUGAUAUUUUUAGGGGAAGGAUUGGAUAUGGGCUGAUGACAAACUUUCCUGUGUAUAUAUGAUUCUGAAAUACUUGGUUGAUUAAGUCGCUUUAGGCAAAGAGCUGGCCAGUGUAGAGAGGAAAAGUCAAAUCAAUUGUUGGCCCUGAAUUUAUCGGUCAGUUCAAUAGCUCUGCAUGAAGACAGCCUGGCUUUAAAACCUCCAUCGCACAGACGAUGUUUCCUGACCCACUCUGCUUCAGCACCAAUGGCGGUUGAUGUUUUUAAUCUUCCAUUAGCACCAACUGGGAGAAAUUUUCCCACAGCAUUUUUAAUAAUUGCAGGAGGAAAUAGAUUUUUAUUAUUUCCCCUAAUAAACAAUGGAAUAUAGAACAUUAGGAACUUCCUUUAGAUACAUUUCCACAAAUUAUCUGCCAAUUAAAAUACAAAGUGUUGAAUAUCUGUGAAAAUGAUGCCUUUCUGAGUGUAAAGGGUUUACUCAGUCUCAGAAGUAGUUUUCAAGUAUUUGCACUUAAAUGAAUAUUCAAAUAACCCUUUGCUUACACAGUUGUCAAGGUAAAGAGACUGUAUUAGGUAUCAAGAUUUCUUUGACUGAACUUUCUGAGUUUUCAUUAUUUACAUCUUUGUCAGGUUAAGUUUUGGAGACUUUUUACUGUCCACUUCUUUUGGAGAGAUUGGGUAAUGUGCUCGUGGUCCUCUCCCUUUGUCUCCAUGCUGUUGGCUUAGUGCCCUUGGAUAGCAGUACUGGGACCCUUGUCGCGAUGGUAGUGUGUUUUGACACUUCUUAGGGGAACGUCUUUCCUGCUUGUAGUUGUACCAGACUUCUCUCCUGAAGUGUGACUAUCUGGGCUUGGCCCCUGGGCCUGGCUUCCGCUGAGAAACGUUCCAAUACAUUCACAUAUACUUCACCCCCCCUUGUCAUUCUUAAUAAAUUAAUUCAAGAAUUUUAUUCUCUUAAACAAAGGAAAAGCAUUGCUGUAGCCUCUUACCACUCCUGAUGACCUGAGAAUGCUCAGUUAAAAGUACCUGGGUGAAAUAAGAGGAGAAACCCAAAUACCUUGGCCUAACCCCCCUUCCCUCCCCCUUCUCUAGGCAGACCAAGGGAUGAACACACUUCUCAUUUGUGUACACUCUGCCUUAGGAAUUUUGAAUUUGUUAUCCACAAAUAUUUAUAAAACAGUUUGAGACCAAAAGGCUAGUAUGGUAGACUGGUAUUUUCUAUGUAGCCAUGUGGGGAAGCAAGAGGCAAGCUUUCACCUCGUAAAAAGAAGCAGGCUACAAUAUUGUCAGGUGGUAGGCAAGUGUGGUCCUUUCUUAAGGGCAGUCAUUGACACUGUGACCCGUCUUGCUCUGAGGAUGUUCUGACGGCUGUCGUGGAUUGCUUCUCAGAGCCUUUUCACUGUGAUGAUGAUUUAAACAAUAGCCACUUAUAAAGAAAGUUAUUAUCUCACUGCAGAUAGUGUCUUCAAGGAGUCAUUCAGAAUGCUAGUUUCAUGAUUAUGGAAAGGAGUUCCUUCUCAAACUGGAAAAGGAAAGAUUGAACCAGUCACAAAGACUCCAGAUCUGAAACUGGGCACAUUUUAUGACUGCUAUUUACUUUAAUUCAAUGCAACCCAUAUUCCUGGGGCAUACACUGUACCUAAAUCUUAAGAAAAGCCCAUUCAGUUUGGAGCUCACACAUAGCUGUGUUGUAAUUGGACUUUCUUAAUAUUUUUUAAAACCAUCUUGAUUUUAUUUUAUCUAUCUUUGUUUUGUUGCUUAUAGUUUGUGGGGUGGAGCAGAAUGGCUGAGGUUGAACACGGGCGAUGUGGAUUAAGCCACACAAAUUCCUCUAAAAAUAAUAAUUAUCAUAACAAUGAUUAACAUUUAUCGAAGACUUAGUAAGUUCCAGUGAUUGCUAGGAGCGUUACAAAUAUUUACUUAGUCCUCUUAACAGCCAUGCGAGUUAGGCAAAAUCUCCCUAAUACGCCAUCUUUAAUUCACCUUUUUUGUUUGUCUCCAUCCCAUUCCAUCGCUCUCUCUCUUUUCCCCUAGUCUUUGCAGCAGGGAUGGAGAAUCUUUAGUGACUCAUGGUAGUAGGGAAGCUAAGAACUGCUUAAUAUCUUUCAGCAGAAGCAAAGCUAACCUAUGUCAGAAGCUGAAAAUGGUAUUGUGUCCAAGAUGGUGGUGCUCCCAUUGCUCACAGGGAAACCUGCCACUGUCGCACAGUUAAUGGGCUAACAAUCUGCCUUCCUUUGGAGGCUCCUCUCUUUCUUGGGAUUAACUUCAAACGUGUGGACAGAAAUCUCUUCUGCUGUCAUGGAAGCACUUCUUCCCUGCUGGGAUGUCAGUCAUUCCAAGCACCGUUCACUUGUUGCUUUUCCACCUUCAGCCCAGUCUAGGCUUGUUCUGGGCAUUCUGUGUUAUUGUUUGAAUAGGAGCAGCCUAGGGGAUCCCUGGCCUGGAUACAUUUCUGAGCCUCAGACAUAAGCUCCUGUCUCUUUCAAAAGUAGCGCAUCCUAUGUUCUGUCUACAGCCAUUGAAUCCUGGCCUAUCUUUUCUGAUUCAUUAAUUCGUUCAACUAAUAUUUGUCGAAUAGCUACAAAUCGGUCACCAUGAAUUUGAGUAUUUUAUAUUAAAUUAAAAUUAAUGUGUUAAGUUAAAAUCCUGUGUGUUUAUGCCAUGCCGGGAUGACACUGUGUACUUGCCUUUGCGUUGCUGUCUCCGCUGUUCACAAGAACCGUGCAAGGUGGGUGUUGGCUCCACUCUACAGAGGAAGAAAAUGAUGCUCACAAAGGUGAAAUACCUUGUCCAAAGUCACCCAUUUAAUAAGAACGGACAGAAUUUAAACCAGAAGUCUAACUCUGUAGCUCAUGCUUUAAUUAUAAUCCUUUUUUGGCCGUAGGAUUCAAUCUUUGCGUAACUUGUUUUACGUAACAAACUGAUCAAAGUUCUGAAAUGCAAGAGCCAAACCAGAUUUUUGAUUGUGGAUACCGUUAAAACCAUGACUAUUUUAGUCAAAGGUGAACUUGGUUUUUGUAAGAAAAAUUACUUGAUGGCUUUUAUAUGUGCAAGUCUGGAAGGUAGAUCUCGGAGUCUAGCAGGUUUUUUUUCUCACCUGGGCCAGUCAAAAUUUUGGACCAGAUUUACCAAUUAUUUUAGAGUUACAUACUGGCAGGUCUACAUACGGAUUUUAUAAUCUGAUGACUGCUUUGUCAAUAAGAGAACCAAAAGCAGUUUCAGGAGUGAACUCAACAGAUUGCUGUCUGAGUUUUCUUCCACUCUGAUUCUCCUGAGAUGCCACUCUCAGCAUUUAGGGAAAAUCCGUUUGAAAUUGCAUCACGGUCACAAUUAAUGAGGUUAUUUUACUAACACGUGGGCUGCCUACACUUGGUAAAAUGCUUUUUUAAUGAAUUCUACAUUUCAUUUUAAUGGGAGGUAAUAGAAGAUUUCAAUAACAGAUGGUCAUUCUACUGAAUUGUAAACUGGGGUAAUUUUUGGAAAUUAUUCAAUGAUUGGGUAGGGUAACUCUUUGUUCUAUGUGAGAAGAUCCAUUUUUAAUAAGUUACUGGUUAUUGGAGACAUAUUAAACUUUCCCACAUACCUACCGAAUCACUUGGUAACUCAAGCUGAAAUACUAAAAAUAUCGGGUCAAAUUGCAUAGGGACAUAGAGUAGACAUACAGUAAAUACUCAUUAACAUGUCAUGAGUGGCCCCAGGUAGCCUGAAGGAAUCAGUGAACCUUCUCGAAUAUCUGCAUUACAACCAUUUAUCCCCCACUACACAGUUACGUCUAAAUAAAGGAGGAGAAACUCUAACCAAGUAAUAUUUAACAUUUUUAUUGCUUCCAGGAUAAAUUUAACUGGACGUGGAGGACCUGAUAGUGGUAGCUAUAUCAAGAAUAUCAGGGAGAAUGGUUUUGAUGCUACAGGAAAACUCAAUUCUUGUCCUUUUCACUUGACUCCAGCUAUCUACCAGGCUCAUUGCUAACUGCAGGUUUUGCCCAAGAUAUUUAUAUGAAAUAUCUCAGUGUAAUACAGGAAAUUGCAGGUUAUUUGAAAACAAUGAUAAAGAAAACCCAAAUGAGAGACUCCCUUUCUAUAAUUAAUUUUCCUGAGAGUCAGGCAUGUCUUUGAGGACAAGCUUUUGGCUGUAUUAUUUUUGUGCACAGGAGGAAAAUUGUUAGUAGGUUUAUAUAUAUUAUUUUUAUAAUAGAAUGUUAAACUCCCCCAAAACAUCAAAAAUUGUCUUCUAGAACUACUCUAUGUUUUUGAAACUUGUUUUAACAAAGGAUUCUAAAUAGCAAUAGGGUCUUUUCUCCUUUCUCCACUCCAAUGGUUUAAUGGGAUAGAUGAACCAAUGUUUAUAUUUUUAAACCUGUAAAUAUUUUAUUUUGGGUAUUUUGUAUAUUUGUUGAUAUAAUUCCAUUUUGUGCAUAUGUAUCAUUGUGCAUGUUGCCGUUUUUGAUAGUCACUCUUAAUGAAUGUA